AUGGACGCAGAGGCUCAGCCUGACACUUUGCGGAUUAUUCUUGUUGGGAAAACUAAUGCUGGGAAGAGUUCAACAGGAAACACCAUCUGUAGAGAAGAGGUCUUUAAAAUUAAUACCAUAGAAAAGGAUGCAUCCAAAUGCACUUGUAUGGAAAGGACCACAAACUUUUGUGGUCAACUCCUGUCCAUAGUGGACACUCCAGGUUUGUUUGACCCAAGUAAAUCCAAUGAGGAGGUGAAGAGAGCCAUUGCUAACGGUGUAGCAUUAUCUUCUCCUGGUCCACACGUGAUAAUGGUCAUAAUUAGACCUGGCAAAUUCACAAACGAAGAACAGGAAGCCGUGCACAUUCUUCAGAUGAUAUUUGGGGAAAAGGCAGCACGUUACACCAUGGCCCUGUUCACGUAUGGAGACGAUCUGGAGACAGAUGGAGUUCUCAUAGAAGAUGUCAUUCAUCAAAGCUCACAUCUCCGUACCUUCAUCAAUCAGUGUGGUGGAGGAUACCAUGUCUUCAACAACAGAGUUAAGAGUCUCUCUCAGGUCAGAGAGCUGCUGGUGAAGAUCAACACAAUGGUGCGGAUGAAUGAAGGGUCCUACUACACCCUGGACUUGCUACAGGGUGCGCUGCUGCCGCAGUUGCUGCUGGAGCUGUUAUUGGAACUCUAA